UCGCCUCUCUGCCCCUUGUGGCUGGGGCAGGUGAGGGAAGUGUCCCCGGAGGGGCAGGGGGACUCCGAAGGAUGCCCGCGGCCGGCCCUUCGGGGAGCGGCAGUCGGCGCGCCCUCGGGUGCAUUCCUGGCCGGGCGGCCCCCCCUCCGCCCGCGUCCAGGGGCUGGCGCCUCCCCGCCCUCCCGUGACGCUGGAGGCCGCGGGGAUCAGGUCGGCGCGCCGCGCACCUGGCCCCGGACGGCGCCUUGCGGGCGUGGCGGCCGGGCUGCGCUCCAGGGCCCCCGCCUCCCUCCCGGAGCCGCCCGGGCCGCGCGCCCUGUGUUUGCACCCUGCCGGGAGGCUGCGCAUCAGUGCCGACGGCGACAUUCGCAGGGCCGGCGGAGUGACGUCCUGUCCCUGGGCACAGAGGCUGCGAUCGGCAAGAUGGGGCCCAGCCGUUCCCACGCGCUCCUACUGCUGCUACUCCUCGCCUGUCCCGGGUCGCGGGCCUCCCAGAACUGUCUCAGCAAACAGCAGCUCCUCAUGGCCAUCCGCCAGCUGCAGCAACUGCUGAAAGGCCAGGAGAUGCGCUUCGCCGAGGGCAUCCGCAACAUGAAGAGCCGGCUGGCCGCGCUGCAGAGCUCUGUGACCAGAGUGGGCCCGGAUGCCCCACCCGUGUCCUGUCCUGCUUUGAAUGCCCUUCCGGAUGGCAGAAAGUUUGGGAGCAAGUACUUAGUGGAUCACGAAGUCCAUUUCACCUGCAACCCUGGCUUCCAGCUGGUUGGGCCCAGCAGCGUGGUGUGUCUUCCCAACGGCACCUGGACGGGGGAGCAGCCCCACUGUAGAGAUGUCAGUGAGUGCUCCAGCCAGCCUUGUCAAAAUGGUGGGACAUGUGUAGAAGGAGUCAACCAGUACAAAUGCAUCUGUCCUCCGGGAAGGACUGGGAGCCGCUGUCAGCAGCAGGCCCAGACAGGCGCCCCGCCGGGGACCGUGGCCGGCGACCCCGCCUUCAGCCGCGCGCCGCGCUGCGCGCAGGUGGAGCGGGCGCAGCACUGCAGCUGCGAGGCGGGCUUCCACCUGAGCGGCGCCGCCGGCGACAGCGUCUGCCAGGACGUUAACGAAUGUGAGCUGUACAGGCAGGAGGGGCGCCCCCGGCUCUGCAUGCACAUCUGUGUGAACACCCCGGGCUCCUACCGCUGUGCCUGCCCCAGUGGAUACCGGACCCUGGCUGACGGGAAGGGCUGUGAGGAUGUUGAUGAGUGUGUGAGCACCCAGCACCUGUGCCCCCGGGGGACUGUGUGCAUCAACACUGGAGGAGGCUUCCAGUGCGUCAGCCCCGAGUGCCCCGAGGGCAGCAGCAACGUGAGCUACGUGAAGACGUCUCCCUUCCAGUGUGAACGAAACCCCUGUCCCAUGGACAGCAGACCAUGCCGCCACAUGCCCAAGACCAUCUCCUUCCAUUACCUUUCUCUGCCCUCCAACCUGAGGACGCCCAUCACACUCUUCCGCAUGGCAACGGCUUCAGCCCCCGGCCGAACUGGACCCAACAGCCUGCGGUUCGGGAUCGUGGGUGGGAACAGCCGUGGCCACUUUGUGAUGCAGCGCUCAGACCGGCAGACAGGGGAGCUGAUCCUUGUCCAGACCCUGGAGGGGCCUCAGACGCUGGAGGUGGAUGUCGACAUGUCGGAAUACCUGGACCGCUCCUUCCAGGCCAACCACGUGUCCAAGGUCACCAUCUUUGUGUCGCCUUAUGACUUCUAAGGGUGCAGUGGGGUCACAGGGAUGCAGAGAGCUGGGCUUUCUCUUUCUCAAAGACUCAGCUGGGGGCACUGACUGUAACAGAUGGCCCUCCACAGCCCGCCUCACCCCUCCCAACCUGUUGGCCCAGGUUUCCAGGGCAGCACUGCCCACAAUCCUUGGAGUGGCACAGCCACAGCCCCGAACCCUAAUGGCUGCUGUCACGUGUUUGUUCUGCUUUAAACCCCAUCCCUUAGAUUAUGCACUCGCCCAUACCUUUUUUGCAGGGGAGUGGGCAGCUUUCAAAAUGCUGUGUGAAUGGCACUGUGAGUUUGACCUGGCUGGGGAGGGAAAGCUUAUGGCGUAUGUCUGAGAUGGUUGCCAAUCCUCCGGUAAUUGUUACAGUCAAGCCUUGCUAUGAAGAAGUUGUUGGCAUGCUGAGGGGCAAACUGUACCCCUGUGCAAGUGGCAGAGCGAUGGGGCUUCUGCCACGACCCAGCGGGCUGCUCUUUUCUGCAUCCCCUCUGUGACACGCCUGCCAGCCUUCUCAUCAGAGCCAUGGCAGGGCCUGGAACCCACACAAACUUUUCUAGACCAAGAAACCAACAUUAAAGCAUAGAUUAUGCCUGAACUUACUCCCUUUUGAGAACUCGUAUCUCAAAACAUAACCUGGUGUUAUCACUGAAUAAAUAAAUUCUGCUGCUCCUCCCUGCC